UCUGAACGCACACUCCCACUGUCUACCUGGGUUCUUGGGGUACAUAUAUUUGAGCUAAGCUGAUCCGCAUCCGCAUCUUUCUGAGCUGAAAAUUGCCGAUACUGGCACAUUCCUCCACGGCAAACGCACCAUAUCAGCCAUGAAACACUUAUCACUCAAAGAUGCCUUACUUCCUCAACCUCCCAGUUUCGUAAAGAAACAAUCAUAUGAGAUUCACGAGAUUCUUGGAUCUGGGACUUUUGGGAAAGUCAUGAGAGCGACAUGGCAUGUCCCCCCUGACCUGGUCGACGUUUCGCGGCAAGGGGCGUUCCCAUCAUCGCCCACAUCCCCGACCGACCAUGCUCCAGGUCGAUCUUCCAUCCCUCUUCUCCAUCCACAUCAUAUGAAGAGGUCUAUUUCUCGAACAGCUAGCUCUUCCGCCCCUUCAUCACCGGGAGGAAUUAAUCAUAUCUCAAUAGAAAAGGAGGUUGCUUUGAAGGUCAUUCCGAAGAAGAAAGUAAAGGGAAAUGAAGCCGCUGUCUGGGGCGAGAUGGAUGUCCUCAAGGGUCUUGAUCACCCCAACAUUGUCAAGUUUUACGAAUGGUUCGAAUCCCGAUCAAAGUACUAUCUCGCAUUCGAGCUAGCCGUUGGUGGCGAGCUCUUUAGUCGCAUACUACAAAGAGGAAAAUUUACUGAGAGUGAUGCCGUUGCAGUUGUUCGGUCCAUUUUGUCGGGUGUGAAAUACCUACACGAGCAUGAUAUCGUGCAUAGGGACUUGAAGCCUGAGAAUAUUCUAUACAGAACAAAAGACCCGGAUAGCGAUAUUGUGAUCGCUGAUUUUGGAAUUGCAAAACAUCUGCACUCACCAGAAGAGCAGCUGCAUUCGCUCGCUGGGAGCUUUGGCUACGUUGCUCCCGAGGUUCUUAACAAGAAAGGGCACAGGAAAGCAGUAGAUAUCUGGUCAACGGGUAUCAUCGCUUAUGUUCUGCUCUGCGGUUACUCGCCGUUCAGAGGAGAGGAUACACACGAGAUGAUUCGGGAGACCACAGAAGCCAAGAUCGAGUUUCAUGACCAGUACUGGUCCAAGGUCUCAGACGAAGCCAAAGCAUUUAUUAAACUUGUUUUGAACCCCGAACCAUCGCAACGACCCACUGCACAACAAGCUCUGAAUAACCAUUGGUUGACAACACACAAGGCCUCUACCGAACACGACGUCAUUUCGGGUCUCAGAGAAAACUUCGACGCCCGCAAGAGGUGGCGCACCGCCAUCAUGUCAGCGCGCGUCAUCAACCGUUUUGGCAGGCGACCAAGCACGGCUUCAAGUGCAGGCAGCGGCGGCUGGGGAGAAGACCACGUACACCCUGACAGAGGCGAGGAAGACGUUGAAGGGGAAACCGCAGACGGCGAGUUCCACGACCUGUCCGACCAAAUCAAGACGUCGCUCUCAUUAGGAGGGGUCGACCCGGGGUCGAACGAGUAUGUGAAAGUCAUAGGACCGGAUGAAAAAGGUGACCAGCCGGUGAGCCCAGUAUGAAAGGCAAGGCCGGCUUUUCAUCGCUUUCCACGUCUCUCUUGAAAGAGAAAGCAGUUCGCCCGGUGGAGCCAGUGGAUACUUCAGAAUCGUAUGUUGCGGCUGAUGACGAGUCGGAGCUGAAUGUCCCUGGAUACCUGCAUGGAGGGAAGGUUCCAUGGCAGACUCAUCCCACCGUUUCUGGUGAGCGUAAGUGGUUCGAAGUGCCGAAGAAGUUUUUUGGGUUGUGAAGGUCGUGUAUCCCGUUCAUCUCGAAGUCAGCCAUAAGUUAUGUGAUGUAAUAUCGUACGCAACCUAACCUGGUCUUUCAUUUGCUACUCGAU